AUGAACAUCCUGCGGCCCACCUCGUUCCGCCAGGCGACGCGCCUGUGCUCGAGCCGCAUAUACAUCUCUAGCCGCUCGUUCGCUUCGACAACGUUCCGCCUUCAAGAACCAAGAACGGACAGAGAGAAGGUUCUCCCAAUACCCGAAUCUCCGAGUUUCUACACCACUCGUGCGGUGUAUUACGACCAAACAAUGCACCUGGAGAAGGCCAUCUCUCGGUCGGAAACAUUCCUGCGGCAAAACUACCUUCUUCCUCUUCCUGACUUCGCCAAAGCUAGUCUCCCUCCUCUGCAUCCGAUGUGGAAAGACAAAAGCGAGAUGGCGACUACGUUCAAAACCAAAAUGACGACGACUCGUUACCGAAAAGUCACGAAGCUCCUCAACCAGCUACUAGACUUCAAGCGGAUAGCCUCCGUUGGAGGUUGCCCAGAACUCGCUGAAAAGCUCGACAACAUUCUCGCCAUGUACGAGAGCAGCAAGAAGGAAGCUCUCCUCGCACGAGGAAAGAGAAAGCCCGUCGUUCUGGACGAGUACGGUCGGUCAUACACGUUAGGAAAGCGGAAGACGGCCUCUGCUCGCGUCUGGAUUAUCCCCGUGAAGCAAGUCCCAGUGGAAACACCAGAAGCCAUGCUAGGGCUUGAGCAUAAAGAAUACCCAAUGACCACCUCCGAGAUCAUCGUCAACAAUCUCCCUUUGAACGAGUUCUUCACAAUACCCGCUGAUAGGGAGCGAAUAACUCGACCACUUAAAGUUGCAGGGACCCUCGGCAAAUACAAUGUAUUUGCCAUCGUACGCGGCGGUGGAACUUCAGGACAGUCCGGCGCACUUGCUCAUGGUAUUGCGAAGGGUAUUGUGGCUCACGAACCAGAACUGGAGACGAUGUUCAGGCGAGCUAAACUCACCCGACGCGACCCUCGUAUGGUGGAGCGGAAGAAGACGGGUCUAGCGAAGGCACGCAAAAGAUAUACCUGGGUCAAGCGUUAA